AACAUUUUGAUGGUCGCAUACCAUUUCACAUCUCGUCUCGAGAGAGUCGUUUGCAGCAUACCGAAUUCAUAUCACCAGCAAUCCCGCAGUAUUCUUCAAUAUCAAUCCAAAGUCCUCCGAGGGCGUCAACACCGCUCGUCGCAUAUGUAUGCUUGAUUAGCAUCGACAACCACGACCAUCCAGCAUGCCUAAGAUCAAGGAGACCAAGGUCGCUUUGAAGGGCGAGAAGCCAAAGAAGGCCCCCAAGAUGUCCGAAACAACGCGCAAAGCCCCUCCGCAUACCGAGGAAGUCCAGAACGUCAGCGACAGCGAAGGAUCGAACAGCGACAGCAGCAGUGGUCACAGCAGCGGUAGCGAGAGUGAUGCCGAGAAGCGCAAGAACACCAAGAAGCCCAAGCCGUCCAAGGUGAAAGAGACGGAACCAAACAGUCCACCGGUCCCUAGCGACAGCAGCGAGGAGGAAUCAGACUCAGACGCAGAUCUUGACGCUGCUGUUGCACAGGCAAAGGCUGAAAAGACCGCUCCCAAGAAGGCACCCGCUGCUGUUACAACCAAUGGUGCGGCAUUGAAAACGAGCAUGACCAGCAAGGCAUCAAAGAGCACGGAAAAGGUUUCGGUCUCGGAUGAUAGCAGCUCCGAGGAUGACAGCGACAGCGAUGUCGAGAUGGGCGAGGCAGACAAGCCUGUCGCAAAGCCUAGAGCUGCUGGACAAGCGGCCGCAUCUGAGACAACAGCAGCAGCUAUUGUUCCUGCCCAACCCUUUGCUCCUCCACCAGGCUAUAAGGCACUCAACACAAAGUCCGCCCUCGCAAAGACAGUCAACACCCUCUUCGACCCCUCCACCAUCUCAUCGAAACAAAUCUGGCACAUCACCGCACCUUCAUCAGUACCGCUAUCCCAGAUCAAGUCCGUCUCACUUUCCGCCAUCCAAUCCCACCAAACCAUCCUCUCACACAACGGAACCGACUACAACUUGGCCGAGGAGCCCACCAACAACGCCCGUGUCUUGCUACCUUCAUCAAAGUCAGACGCCUACACCGCCGUGGAAGUUCCUGUCACAAAGACCCUCCACCUCCAGCAAACCGUCCGCCUCCCCAACCUCUCUUCAUAUCAGACGGAUCCCGACACUGGCUCGAAUGCCGCGGCAAGCAUCAAGACCCCUGCAAUCAGCAACCCCCGUCCUCAACCCAAAGGCAUGAGAAUGCGCUACAAGCCCCCAGGUUUCGGCGACUCAGACCCCGGUCUCAUCGGCUCUUCCGAAGACGAAAGUGACACCAACGCCAAGCAAACCGAGAAGAACGCACGCAGCAAGCGCAAGCGUGAUGAGAAGGAAGCCAGCGAAGGAACACCCAAAGACAAGAAGAGAAGAAAGGCCGCCGAGGCUGCAGAGAAGCUAGCCGAAGGUACGAGAGCAGAGGCGCCCGUGACUGCGGAGGAGAAGGCAAGAAAGAAGGCAGAGAAGAAGGAAAAGAAGAAGGGCAAAUCGCAAUAGACAAGCCCCUUAUUGUGUUCACUCAAUGCGUGGAGUUAGUUUUUGACCAUAUCUUUGGGUUGAAAGGCGUUCAUAUCUGUAUGUAAGGCAUUGUCAAAAGUGAGAAGGCAACUUUCUUGAACCGCGUUCUCUUCUUACUCUCAUUGCGUAUCCUUGAGACACUCCUUCACGUAGAAAAAUGUGACAUGGGUCAGCUCCAGAAGUUUUAACCUCGGGUUGUUGGUUUCCGACAAGCGUAUCAAGCAAAUCGCUC